UUCUUCGUCUUCCUCUUCCUCCUCGUGUCAAAGACCGUUUCGGUUUCUUGUUCCUUCCUCGGUGUGGAUGCUUUGCUCUUGCCGCCCGCCUCCGCCUCCGCCUCUCUCCGUCCUUGUACACGACGUAUAAAUAUUUGAUUUUGUCUUGAUUGAUUCCAAAGCCGGGUCUCGUCUCGGUCCUGUCCAUUCAAUCCACUUCAGUUUCGUCCGUCGUCGCGAGCAGGGUCCAAUUGCUUCGCCGCCAAUCAAUCAAUCAAUCAAGAAAUACUGUCGCAGGUUCGAUUCUCAACAAUCAAUCCCCGGCCAGCCAUGGUGGUGCGGGGCCACCAAGAUCUGGACGCCAACAUCGUCCGCUGGGGCCUCCACCACCUCCUCGACGGCGACGCCUGCGUGCACCGCCCUCAAUCCCCCACCACCGACUACGCCCCGCCGCCACCGCAGCCCCACCGCACCCGCGCCCUCCUCGACGCCCCCGCCACCGCUCCCGCCCUCGCGGAGGUCAGGGUCGACGCGGUCGACAACGACGAGGUCAUCGCGCACGCGCUGCAGGAGGAGCUCACGCAGGUCGCCAUGGCCGAGGCGUCGGAGACCGCCGGCGCCGAGCCCGACCGCCGCGCCACCGUCCUCGCGCAGCACUGGUUCCGCCCCGAGGUCGUCACCCAUCUGCCCUCAGCCCCACCUUAUGUUGAAGAAGCAGAGGACUUCAGUCAGUGUUCGAGCCCCGAAGAAGGUGGCAAUGCGCGCGACGGCCAGGGGUGCUCGAUAGAGCUCGUCGAUGAUUUCUCUGCUCUCGACGGCGAAGUCGGCAAAAGACUGAAUGACAUGCUUCCUGUCCCUCAUGUCCCUAAAACAAAUGGAGACAUUCCUUCUUUUGAUGAAGCCUUUUCAGAUCACCGAAGACUUCUCGACAGGUUGGUGCUGUAUGGCCUGGUUGAACUCAAGGUUAACGGAGAUGGCAAUUGUCAGUUUCGGGCAUUGUCUGAUCAAUUCUACCGAACUCCCGAACAUCAUAGAUUUGUGCGGCAACAGGUGGUUAAUCAGCUUGAGUCUCAUCCUGAGAUAUAUGCUGGAUAUGUCCCUAUGGACUACAGAGAUUAUCUUAAGAAGAUGCCAAAGAAUGGAGAGUGGGGUGACCAUGUUACACUGCAGGCUGCUGCAGACUUGUAUGGUGUGAAGAUUUUCAUUCUGACAUCAUUCAGAGAUACAUGCUACAUUGAAAUUCUCCCAGUCGUUCAAAAAUCAAAUCGAGUUAUAUGUUUGAGUUUUUGGGCUGAGGUACACUACAACUCGAUAUAUCCUGAAGGAGAGUUGCCCGUCGCGGAGAACAGGAAGAAGAGCUUGUCGGAUCAACGGUCGUUUUGUUCGACCAUGUGACAUGAGGGAGCUGCGAUGCCGUAGGACUGAAGAGACUGACUGACAGUUCAUUUGUACAUAUAUAUCAUCCAUCUGCACGGAGCUAAAAUAGGUGUCUGACUGAGCCUGUGAUAUGUGAUAUGAACAUUUGUUGUAGUACCUAAUAAUAUAUCUAUAUAUAGUAUUCUCAUCUUUCUAGUA